AUGCAUCGCGGAUGUGAUGACUUUUCCCUAAGAGCUUAUGUGGAGCUUAAUCGAUUUCCGAAAAAGGCAUUCUCUAAUCAAAGAAAUCAACCUGAGCAGGUUGAAAUUAGUGCAUCUUUAUCCCUAUUGUUCAAUCAUCUUGCGAAGUAUGGUUUAUGUCGACAUCGUUCAAAAGGACAGGAAUGUUAUAGUCAGCGUUCUAAUACUCACCUGCUGCGUAAUACGCCGAACUGUGGCAUCCUACCUACACCGUCACGUCUCAUGCGCUGA